AUGCGUUAUGGUAGCGUUUUCGUUGACCUCACGUCUUCACCAUGCUCUUCUCCACGUUCUGCCGCGCAUGACGGCCCUGACACAGUGUCGACCGUCGAGCUGGCUGAUCUUUCGCUUGACCUUGCUGGAGUGCGGGCCUCGUUGAGUGCAUUGCAGCAGGUCAUCGACCAGACCGAGGCACUGCGCGAGCUUCGUUCGGAUUAUGAGGUUCUGCGCCGCGAAUUUUUGGCCACGCUACGUCGCGCGGACGAUAUGGAUCGUCAGCUAGUUGACGCGGCCAAUGCCGCGUCGCCCUUCGUGCUGUUUUGCCAGCACAAGUACGAAGUGGUCCAUCACCAGCUGGACUCUACUCGGAAGGAGCUCGCCGACUGCUUGAACGCGCUGCAGGAGCAUCUGGACAACUCCCGCGAGCUUGAGGCUUACCGUCUUCGGUACCAUGAUCUGCAGCUCCGCUACCGCGAAGCAGUGUCCGAGUUCCAAGAUCGGAUCUCUACCUUGGAGGCGCAACUGGCCACCGCCUCUUCUUUUGGCGUUAUUGUCCCGCAUGCCACGGCUCAUCGCAUAGCGGAAUGGAGUCCCAGCUCGCGCGGUCCCAAUCUGACUUACAAGUCGCGCGUGAUCGCUAGUCUUCUCUCGGUUCGGAGCUUUGUGAAUCAACUACGUCUCACAAGGCCGCUCAAGCGGACGUAG